AUGCCUCUUCCAGAAACCAUGUUUUGUGCUGAGCAGAUAAGAAUCCCCCCCGAGCUACCUAAUAUUCUGAAGGAAUUCACCAAAGCUGCUAUUAGGACUCAACCUCAUGAUGUUUUGCAGUGGUCAGCUGCGUACUUUUCAGCGUUGUCAAAAGGUGAGACCCCUCCUGUGAAGGAGAGGCUGGAAAUGCCUUUAGCAAUGGAGAAAACAGAUGCUGGUUUGACCCUAGGACUCCUUAAAGUCUUGCACAAACAGCUUUCUCCCAAAGACAUGGUGAAUGUUGCAGAACUGAAGGAGAAAUGGAAGCACUUGUGCUUGCCAGAGGAGCAACUACAAGUUAUCCUGCAGUUGGAUGACUUUGGCGAGGAGGUGGAAUGGAUGAAGUUUCUGGCACUUGGGUGCAGCAUGCUCGGCAAGUCCUUGCUGAGUUCAGUGAAACAUGCCUGUGAAAUCUUAACAAAGGACCCAGAAGGUGGAGCAGCUCGCAUUCCCUUCGAAACGUUCUCAUUUCUUUACUCAUAUUUGGCCAGUAUCGAUGGAGAGAUACCAAAGGAGGAAGUUGAAGUAUUCCUCCACAAAAUUAAAGAGGAAGCGGACAGACAAUCUGGCAUGGUGCUGCUCAGAAACUUCCUGAGCCAGGCCUCAACACUGUUUUGA